UUACAUUUUUGUAUUUGUUAGUUCGUUGGUUUUGCCGGUUGUGAAAUAAAUACAUAUUAAUUCGUCGUCAUGAAGCUUGCACCGACUGUGAAGUUGAACAAUGGACUCGAAAUGCCUGUCUUGGGAUUGGGUACAUAUGCUUCUCAGAACAAAGAAGGUGAAAUUGCUGUGAAACAUGCUAUUGAUAUUGGAUACCGACAUAUAGACACCGCCUAUUUCUACCAGAAUGAGGUGGAGGUGGGUCAGGCGAUUCGCGACAAGAUUGCUGAGGGCGUGGUCAAGCGUGAGGACAUUUUCCUAGUCACUAAGCUGUGGAACAUACACCAUGAUCCCGAUCGCGUUGAGGGAGCUUGCCGCAAACAACUCUCCAACUUUGGUCUGGACUAUAUAGAUUUGUACCUGAUGCACAUGCCGGUGGGCUAUAAGUAUGUCAAUGAGGAAACAUUGCUCCCCAAGGAUGAAAAUGGAACACUUCUAUUGAGUGAUGUCGACUACUUGGACACUUACAAGGCAAUGGAGAAGUUGGUUAAAAGUGGCCUGGUUCGCAGUCUGGGUGUGUCCAACUUUAACAGUGAACAAUUGUUGAGAGUCCUUGAAAACUGUGAGAUUAAGCCGGUUACCAAUCAGGUCGAGUGCUCACCAACAAUCAACCAGAAGCCAUUAAUUGAAUUUUGCAAGAAACACGGAGUCACCUUAACAGCCUAUACUCCCCUGGGACGUCCAAGACCCGAAGAAAUGAAACCCGACUUUAUGUACUCACCCAAAGUGAAGGAAAUUGCGCAAAAAUACAACAAGACAACGACUCAAGUUGCAUUGCGCUUCUUGGUGGACUCUGGUGCUCUGCCCAUUCCGAAGUCGUCUACACCAAAGCGUAUUUCCGAAAACUUUGAUAUAUUUGACUUUGAGUUGACCGAUGAGGAGAAGUGUGUGCUCGACAGCUAUAACACCGGCGAGCGUAUGGUUCCCUUAAACCUUAUCAAGGGACAGAAUCACAAGUAUACCCGUUUGCCAUUGAUUUUUAAAUCUGGAAUUUUAAAAGCACUUUUUGUUAAAACCUUGUUGCUCAAUAAAAUAAAGCGCUGUUAUACAGGGGAUAUUGUAAUCUCAUUUUAAA